AUGGAGACGGCCGUGUUCAACUGCUGGCUCCUCUUUCUGCUGUUCAGCCCAGCUGUUCCCAUGUGUUUGCCCACAGACUUCACACUGUAUGUGGAGAAGCCAGAGUGUGACUUCUGUGUGGCCAUCAACACCACGAGCUGCAUGGGAUUCUGCAAGUCAUGGGAACGCAACUUGAGGGACAGCUUUGGCCCGCGGGUCGUCCAGCGAGGCUGCACCUACGACGAGGUGGUGUAUCGCACGGUGGUGCUGCCCGGCUGUCCCGUCAACACCAACCCUCUCUUCACCUACCCGGUGGCCAUCAGCUGCCACUGCGGCACCUGCCGGACCGACAGCGACGAGUGCGCCCGCAGAGCCAGCGCCAACAGGCCGAGGUGCACCAAAUCAGUCCGACAUGUCUACCCAUACCCCGGCGCGAGUGACUACAUGAUCCCUUUGUGA